GUGCGGAGCCGGGGUCGUGAUGAGUUGUGUCCUGUGUGCGCCGGCGGCUGGGGCUGUCCGGGCGCUGAGGCUCGUGCGCUGGGCUUCCCGAAGCCUGCAUUCGCCGUCCGGUGGCCGGGCUGAGGCCCAGCGUGCGGCUGCGGGCGAGGAAGAGGACGACUCUAACCGUCCCAUCCAGUUUUCCUCCAGCAAAGCCAACCCGUCCCAUUGGACGGUGGAGCAUUCCCUGGGGAAAGAGCGGCAGCAGCCCUUGUGGAGGGUGCUGCCCUUAAGCCUGUCCCUCAUGGUUCUGGUCAUUUGGUGCUUCUUUAGGCAGGAGACCAGCGCGGACCACUGGUUGAGACAGGUAUUGGAAGAAGAGGAGCCGGAGCCCAGCGAUCGUGCUGAGGAGCCUGAAACUCCGGCUGCCCACGGGGCAAGAACUUAAAGAGGCACCGGUGGGGGCAGGCGGCGAGGGACCAGGCAGCCGCCCGUAGGCUUUGACGUCGUGUUUGAGCUUCUGUCGUGGUUAUGUGCGUCCCCAGCCUGAAGGAUUUGGAUAGCGCACCUGGCCGCGCAAACCGCGGGAAGGAGAGCGCAGAAUGUCAGCAGAUGCCUGAUACUUUGAUGCCAAACGAAUAUGUCUAAAAGACUUUUUAGAUCCAUAGAAAAGGUUUUGGUUGCAGAGUGUGCUGUGGGAUUUGUGAUUUUGUUCAACAUAAGUUUCCAAAGCAAUUCUGGUGACACUUGUAAUCCAUUUUGGAGAUCAUUUGCUUUGUGAGACAGACUGUCAGAAGAGGUAAAGCUUUUAUUUUAUAAUGUACUGAGGUGCAUAUAAAUUGUUAGUUUUUCAAACUAACAAAUUGGUAAUUUUAAUUUGCUAAUGUAGAAUUAAGCCAGCCCCCUUCUUUUUUUGCAUUUUAUUAAACAAAGGGAGCAUCUUAGUGCUUUUUCAGUUCCUUUGUUGUUUUUUUCCCCCUCAGAAUAGGAACUGAGGAAAGAAACCUGAAUGUAAAUUGUGGAAUACGUUAUCAAAUGAUACCAGAAAUAAUGGAACUUUCUCAGCUCUCCACAAGUUUUUCUUGUUGUUGUUGUUAAUCCUCACCCAAGGAUAUUUCUUCCACUGCUUUUUAGAGGGGGGUGGGCAGAGAGAGAAACAUCAGUAUGAGAAAGACACAUCCAUUGGUUGCCUCCUGCACACAGGGCUUGAGGGACACAAGGAGUCAGGGGAAGAACCUGCAACCCAGGUACUUACCCUUGAUUGGGAAUUGAACCCCGGAUCCUUCAGUUCUCAGCCCAAUGCUCUAACCACUGAACCACGCUGGCCAGGGCCAGCUUUCCGCAAGUUUUUAUUUUUAUCUAGGCAACAACUUUCUGAAUAGAAUAAAACUGAUGAAUUUUUCUUUUGACAAAUCACAGACAAUAUUGUGGAUCUGUUUUUCAAGUACUGCUUAAGAAUCCUGCUUAAUUCUGAAAUAAAAGAUGCAUCAAAGGAAGAUUUUAUGUAUGUAAGCUUCUAGUGAAAGGUUUUAUCUUGGCAUGUGUAUGAUGCUGAAGUUAAUUGGAGGUUUCUCUCACCAGGAUAUUUAAUGACACUGGCUGUAUGGAAAUAUAUUGGCUUCUCACAAGGCCUUUGCUGAUGUUUUCUUUUUUUUAAUCCUCACCAGAGGACAUUU